AUGACGCUUGUGGAUCUGACCAUUAACGGACUGGCGCCGGGCAAAUACUGGGCCACAGUGCGCGAGACCGGAGAUAUUUCACAGGGAGCCGCAUCUACCGGGGGCAUCUGGGAGGCAUUGAAGGCUACGGUGUUGGGAUCGGAGGCGGCCAAAGAGCCACGCGGAGUGUUUGGGACAGUGGAUGUGGACGAGAAGGGACGAGGCAAUGUCUUCUUGGAUCGGCCAUUGGCUGUUUGGGAGAUGAUUGGACGGAGUAUGGUGGUGUCGAAGAGCAAAGAGGGUCCGUUCCGUAAUGAAGACCCGGAUACAUUGGUUGGGGUGAUUGCCCGGAGUGCGGGUGUGUGGGAUAAUGAUAAGAUGGUGUGUUCUUGCUCUGGAAAGAAUGUGUGGCAGGAGCGUCAGGAACAGGUGUCUCAGGGGAUGGUUUAA